CAUGCUUAUGAAUAUAUUUUCUUCCAUUUUCAGAAACUUUUGGACGAUUAUCCAAAAUGCUUUAUUGUGAAUGCAGACAAUGUCGGCUCGAAACAGAUGCAGCAAAUCAGAGCUGCUCUCCGCGAACAAGCUAUUGUGUUAAUGGGAAAGAAUACAAUGAUGAGGAAGGCUAUAAGGGGACAUCUAGAAAACAACCCAGCCCUUGAGAAAUUGCUGCCUCACAUUGUUGGAAAUGUAGGCCUGGUCUUCACAAAGGGAGAUCUCAUUGAGGUCCGAUCAAUGCUUCUAGCUAACAAGGUCAAAGCCCCUGCUCGUGCUGGAGCUAUUGCCCCAGUUGAUGUAGUAGUGCCAAAACAGGCGACAACCUUGGGACCCGAGAAGACCUCUUUUUUCCAGGCUCUGCAGAUCACAACCAAGAUUACGAAGGGAUGUAUUGAAAUCUUGAACGAUGUGAACCUGAUCAAGACUGGAGAUAAAGUCGGACCUUCAGAGUCUACUCUGCUGAACAUGUUGAACAUCUCCCCAUUCUCUUAUGGUCUUGUCAUCCAAAGAGUGUACGACUCUGGUAGUGUGUUUGAGCCAAUGAUCUUGGACAUCACUGAUAGUGAUUUGAUGCAGAAAUUUAUGAUGGGCGUAAGGAACGUGGCUGCAGUAUCUCUGGGGAUAGGUUACCCAACAGCUGCCUCAGCACCCCACUCCAUUGCUAAUGGAUUCAAGAAACUGUUGGCCAUUGCCGUGGAGACAGAUAUCACCUUUGCUGAAGCUGAGAGAACAAAGGAAUAUUUGGCUGACCCAUCUAAGUUUGCCGUUGCUGCCCCAGUUGCAGCGUCAUCAGCUCCUGCGGAGACGAAGAAAGAGGAGGCUAAGAAGGAAGAGUCGGAGGAGUCCGAUGAUGACAUGGGCUUCGGUCUAUUUGAUUAAACCCAUUGACAGUACAAUGAAAAUAUAUCCUAUAUCAACAUCUCGGAUCUUUUUAACAACUUACCUUAUCACAAUAGAAAAAAAAAAAUGGGAAAAAAUAUUGUUUGAAAAGUUCGGUAAUGCUUCACAUGUAGGCUGGAUAUAAUCUUGUCCUAAAUAAAGAGAAAAAAACGUUUAAAA